AUGUCAUCGAUCUCAGCUCAGCAGCAGAUUCCUGAAGAUAUGCAGAAAACUAUUUAUUACCAACUUGAAGAAGAUAAUGAGCUAUCGAGUAUGGAAGAUGAUGACCCUGAAGAACCACCGCACUUGUCUGCUUAUCAUGGCCUUGAUGGUAUCUGUCCCUUGGGUGACGGUGCAUCUGAAUCAGAAACAGAAUCUAAUUAUGUUGACAAUAAAGAGAUAAACCGUUUCAGUGGUCAAGCAGCAUUGUCUCCAAGACAAAAUGUUCAGCCAAAGGAAUCUGCUGCCAAAGUUAAGCUUUCCCAGUCUAAGAAAAAUGCUUCUUCCGAUGUAGUGUCUACAGAGGUACAGCAGAUAACAGGACCAUCAGAAAAUAUUCACUUAUCACAGGGGGCAAGUUGUAACCCACUUGAUGAACGACCAAUAUCUUCUCAUCUGGGACGAAAGAAGACGUUUGAGCAGUUAGUCGAGGAACAACUGAAAGAAGAAAAGGAACAAGAAUCCAAUGUAUCACAAAAUAUCCCAGUGAAAAGGCCAUUUCUUCGUCGAGGUCAAGGCAUUGCUCGAUUCAAUCCACCACCAGAUGAGAAAUCUGUCCAAAGGGUGAAGAAGAGUCAAAGAGCUAUGUCUAGCAUCCCACCGGCUGUUGUGCCUACUAAGGAGAUCAAUCGUAGGCCGAUGUCUCAACCAGUGAUAACAAGCAAUAAAUCCAAAGUCAUUUCUCUCCUCUCUGCCAACAGAGAUCUUUUUCCCCUCAGUAUCAACAGAGUUGUUUCCUUUCGAAAAGUUGUAUCUUUAAUAACACCAAACAUCAUUUGUCUUGUUGAAAAAUCGGAUUUGGCUGAAUUUGAGUUCAUGGAACAAAUGGCUGAUGAUAUGUCGUUCUGUAGUGAUUCUUCAGUAGUCAUGAAAUUUAUGGACAACCGUCUUCCAAUUCAGAUACCUGAUUCCUCAAAAUCUAAAACUUCGUCACCCAAACAAAGAAGCCAUUUAGCGAAACAAUUUGGAGAAACACGGAGUUUAUCAUCCAAACUACAUACAAAUGCCAGUCAGAACACAUCCGAGUCUAUUUCUUCAGAUCAAGAUGAUACACUUGUAAAUUCCGAGACUGACAUUUUAAUUGGUUCACCAAAAAAAUGCAUUGAAAAUGAAGUUGACAGUGACAAUCAGUCUUUGCUUGAGUAUGAAGAGUCUGACAUUGACGAGGCUCCCAUUUUACCUGGAAAUAGAAAGAAGGAUUCAGCUAUUCAGACCCAGAUUGACCACCUGUUUGAAAACUCGAGUCCGAGCCAUAAAACAAGUGACCAGUUGUCAAGUAAGGAUGCCACUGCUAAGUUGAUCCGUAAAGUAACUGUUGCCUCUCAGUUUGAUUUCAAAGCAAUCAAAGGAUCUGAUGUAGUCUUCCCUCCUAAAGUUCUUACAAGGAAGAUCGCUCCAAAAGACGAUUGGUUGAGGCAGAAAAUGAUGCAAGACACUAACUCUGUUAAGAGCUCUUCAAGUGCUGACACUCUCUCUGCAUUUGGACAGAAUGGUCGAGAUGAGAGCAUCGAAGGUGGAACAAAUUCUGACAUCCAUUCGUCUGAUGAAUGCUUCACCGAUAGCGGCACUAUUGAAAAUUCUGGUUCAAACAGUUCUCGGUCUUCAUCUGUUACUGAUGCAUUUGAUGACCAUGAUGAGUGGAAUGAUACUUGUGAUUCUGUUCAAAAGAAUCUGAAGCAUUUAAUUCCAAAAGAUCCUGGAACUGAGGAAAAUACUGUAGAAAGUUCUGAAAAAUUUAUUGUUAGUGAUAAGAAGUCUACACCUUCAAUUACAUCUCCACCAACUUCCAAACUUGUCAGUAAAUUAUUUCCUGUUCUCCAACCGAAAACAACCAAAGAAAAUAAAGCCGAAGAGGCUCGCCAGUGUAAGCUGCAGGCAGUUUCACAGGUCCCUGUUGGAGAUGGUGUACAGUCUAAACUGCUUCGGGAAAAGCUAACUCAGUUGGAAAAAGAGAUUGCUCGCUUUCAGAAGGAAAAUGCAAAUCUGGAGAAACUUCACAAAGAAAGAGAAGAGGGAGUAAAGAAACUGAGAAAAGAGAUGUGUGAAUUUGAGACAGCCAAAAAGGAAGAAUUGCAGAAAUUGCAUGAUUUCAAGGAAGAAGAAAUGAAAAAAUUAAGAAAUGAACGAAAAGUGUUUGAAAAGUACCACAAAGCGGUUCGAUCACUUCCAAACAAAGAACAGCGACAAGAAAUUGAAACACUCAAAACUCAGUUUGGUGAACUUCAAGAAGAGAUGAGACGGAAAGAGGCAAGAUGGAAUUCCAAUACAAAUCGUUUACGGCAACGAAUUCAAGAUUUGGAAGAUGAGAACAAACAGUUGAGAGACGAAGUACAUUUUAUGGAAAAUAAACGGUUAGAAUGGCUCCAAGAAAAGGAAUCUUUGAUUCAGAAUCAGAAGAAAUUGGCUCUGAAGAAUAACAAGCCUCAGACUAAAAAUGUCUUAACAUCAAAUUCUGUAAAUUCUGACCAAGACUCUGAUAGUGGACAAAAUGAAAUCAAAGUGCAUCAGAUGUUUAUGGCUUCCCCUGCUGGUGAUUAUCGCUUUGUUGGUGGAGGGAAGAAAAAAGAGCAGUUUGAGCGUGGAAAAGUUGUGAGGACAUCUUCUGAAGCCAUGCCCAGGCAAGCAAGUGCAGUGCUGGCCACACCCCAAGAAUUGAAUAAUGGCAAUAGUGACAUGCGAAUGGAGUUGAAUCGUAACCCACCACAGCGAAGAAAAAAUCUGAAUGUGUUAAAACACUCUCCAAUCAUCAAGGGAGAUGUGAUUGAAGAACUACAACAUCCGGACGGAAAGACUGAAAGAAGAUACCAGAGCGGAGCAAGAGAAGUUGUCUUUUCCAAUGGGACCAGGAAAGAAAUGUCCUCAGAUGGGAGAUACAUAAUCCUUUGGUUCUUCAAUGGAGACGUUAAGCAAAUCACAGAAGAUCAAACAGUGGUUUAUUAUUAUGCUGAGUCGCAGACAACUGUAACAACCUACGCAGAUGGUCUGGAGGUGCUGGAAUUCCUAAAGGGACAAAUUGAAAAACAUUAUCCCGAUGGGACUCAGGAAAUCACAUUUCCUGACCAGACUGUCAAAUAUCUUCGACCGGAUGGCUCUGAAGAAAGUCAUUGUCAGGAUGGAACAGUGAUAAAAGUUGAUGCCAAUGGUGUCAGAACUUUAGAAUUCCCUAAUGGGCAAAGAGAAAUUCAUACAGAAAAAUUCAAAAGACGAGAAUACCCCGACGGAACGCAGAAGACCAUCUAUCCUGAUGGACGGCAGGAAACCAAAUUUUCCAACGGAAGAAUCCGCAUCAAAGACAAGGAUGGAAAUGUUUUAUUAGACAAAAAGUUUUAA